CCCUCUGGUGCCGAUCAGGAACGCAGCCGGUCCUGUUUCCUCCUCCUCCGUCUCCUCCCGGACAUCUCAGUCGAUCCAGCAUGGCCGCCCAACCUAUCCGCAUUGCAUUUCAGGGCCAGAAAGGCGCCUAUUCCGAGGGUGCCGUCGAAGAGCUCUUCUCCACCGACCCGACGCUGCGCUCGUCCAACUUUGAGACCUGUGGCUACCCUUCCUUUGCCGAUGUGUUUGACGCAGUCCAGAGCGAGGCUGUGACCUACGGCGUCGUUCCCAUAGAAAACUCCAGCACAGGGACGUUCCACUACAACUAUGAUCUGCUGCACCAGUAUUCCGUGUACAUUGUUGGAGAAUAUUGCUAUCACGAGAAGCACUGUCUUGUUGGUGUGCCUGGUGCCUCUCUUGAGACCAUCACCGAGAUCAAGUCGCAUCCAUAUGCCAUCGACCAGUGUCGCCGCUUCAUAAGCAAGCUGCAGCAGCGGGUCGCAGUCAGCCAGGAGAUGGACACGGCCGGCAGCGCUGCCUGGGUUGCCAGCUCUGGCAGUCUCCACAGCGCUGCAAUUGCCAGCGCCAGGGCAGCCGCUAUCUAUGGACUCGAAGUGAUCACCGAAGGCAUCGAGGACGACGACAACACCAUCAUGCGCUAUGUAGUUAUUGCCCGUGCAAGCGUCAUACCAGAGCGUCACAUGGAUCCACGAACAAGCAUUUCGAUUGUGCUGAAGAAUCAGUGCGGUGCGAUCUUCAAGACGCUGUCCUGUUUUGCACUGCGCGAUAUCAACAUCUGCAAGGUCGAGUCUCGCCCUUCGACCCGUUCCAUCAAGCUUGCCAAGCCCUGGGAGUACGUGCUGUACAUCGACUUUGACGGCUCCACCGCCGACGAGAAGGUGAUCAAGGCGCUGAAGAACAUUGAGGAGUUUGCCCUGAGCAUCCGAAUCCUCGGCUCUUACCCUCGCUACCAACCUCCCCCGGAGGCCCGCAACCCGCUCUACGGCAUCGGGAUGUGAUUCCGUGUCCGCAGGACGACCAGCGACGGUGCUGCAGUCGCUGGGAUGUAGAUGACGCUGCCGCCUCCGAGUGGCACUCUGAACGACUCGGUGCCUCUCGGGCUGACCCAAAUCCGAAAAUAUAGCUUGCAAUCAAAGCUGCCUCCGAGUGACGAUCGCCGAUCGCCCCCCUGGUCUCCGCAGUCGCAUUCGCACCCGCAAUCGCACCCGCAACCGCCCUGCACUCAGCGAUCGGGUUGACGACAUCUUUCCCAGG